AUGGCUCUGUCAGAAAAUUUAAAUGAAUUUAAAGAAUCACAUAUAUCGAAUUUGGCUCAUUCGUCGAUCGAAGAAUUAACGAAUUUUGAAGAUGAUAUAUCCAAACAAUUCAACUCACUUUCCAAGGAAUACCUAAAUUCUAGAGUCGCCAGGAUUAAUCACUUGAUUAAUUCUAUAAACUACUUUAUCUCGAAACUUGCGGAGGACGAGACCGAAUGGCUGGAGGUUUUUAGUACACAAACAGAAACUAUCAAUAAUAUCAAAACCAAUACUGAAGAUUUGAUAUUGUCGAGCAAGACAGGUUCCGUUAAUGAUAUCUGCGAUACGCUAGAUGAAUAUGAAGACACGCUAAAAUACUUAUUUCAAAAUAUCAGAUCACCGUUAAGCUUUCUCGGAAAUUAUAAAGUCAAUAUUCUGUCGAGAGGUGAUGUAGCAAACAAAGCCCGCCAGUUACCGUUCGAGGGACAAUUUGACAACGUAAUAAGGCCCUAUGGGAAUGAUUUAAAAAGUAUUUUAGGCGAAAGUCAUUAUAAUCAUUUGUUAUUGGAGUCUAAUACUAGGGCAAAUUCGACAAUAAUUUGGAAGCAAUACCAGAGUGACUUAGUUGCAUACAAGAAUAAAUUAAUAAAUGAAACUUAUGAACAACUAAAUGACUUAUAUAAAGAACAUCACAAUGUGAACAAAGGAGAGCUAAAUAAUAAGAAUAAGGAACAAUACUAUAGAUCGGUUAUUUCUCCAACCGAUUUGAAACGAAGCUAUGAUACUGCGAAUAGAGACCCGGCUGUUUCGAAUAAUCAUGACAAUUAUUACGAUUCGAAUAAUUCAUAUUUUAAGAAAAACAAAAUAGAAUUGACAAAUGAAAAAUAUAGGAUUUUAUCACAGCUAGAAAGGUUUGAAAGAAGCCAAGCAGCCCAUGCAAAUACUUCUAAUAUAAGUUAUAAGCUAAAUUCUUGUUCGGGAUUGAGCGAUAACGAGAUUGUCAAUGACAUACAUUUGUUGAGAAAUUCUAUAGCAAAUAAGUCGAUCAUUAAUGAGGAGGAACCGGACAUUAUCGAACCACAGACAGACACCAAUGAGGAGGACCAAGAAAUAACUGAAGAAUCCUUGAAACAGAAGUACAAACAAUUACUUAGUAUGUCAUCAGAUACAGUAUCACACCCAAAGCCUAAAUCUCUUAGAUCUAUCUUGGCAGAUUCUAGUCCGCCACUUUUAGCUACGGGCCUCCCUAAAUUAAACAUUCCUGAACUACCACCGCUUGAAGCGUUUCCAAAACUACAAAACAAAAGCGAAGAAGUUUGA